GAACCAGAUGGAGGCGGGGCCACAGGAUGGCAGGCAGGCGGUUCCGCUAUCUGCUGCCUGACAACACCGGGACGCUGCUGGGGCCGAGUGCUAGAUUUUCUGCAUUGCUUUGACACUUAUCUAUCUUUCUAGGAGCCCACAAUGGUGCCGGACAAUGAAGUUUGCCUGGAGUUUAAAGAAUAGCUUCGGGACAUGAAGUUUAACAGGCUAACGGUAGAUUCCUCCAGCAGCUAGCAGCUUCUUUUAUAUGAUCAUAAUUAGCUCACCAGAGACAGGAGGCUUCACUCUUUUAGUUUUUCCCGUAAAUAAAGGACACGGUGAGAGUUACCAGUGUUGUUUUUUUGUUCUUGUUUGGUCAAGAUAGCAAUGCGGACGACAUUGUUUGUGGUCAGGUCCCUGGCUUCGGAUUACUGCACUCCAUGGAGCUUCUGCGGCGUCACUCAUCGCGUUCCCCACAAUGACUGACCGUGAUGGAAAUGUCAAGGUUCAGCUGUGCCAGAUGAAAUCACUAGGCGAGGAUGCAGGGAAGGAGGAAACGGAUCCAGAGGAUGAGAUGCCCGCUUCUUCUCCCUCUGCUUCACCAGACCCAUCCAGCUGCAUCACCUCCACAGGGACGGAUGCGUCUGUUUCCAAACAGAGGGGGGAAAAAAGCAGCAAGGAUUCCAGUGGAAAGCCUUUGCAGGGGGUUGCAGUUCCUGCGUAUGCUGUAAAGAACUUUAACAGCCCUGUUUGCGAGCAAACACUGCAUAUCAAGGGGACAGGGAAGAUCCUGCAGGGGAAGUCUGAGAGUAACGGGAACUAUUUAGGCCUCCAUGAAUCCAGGAACACACAGGAAACACGCUGCGAGGAUGGAUGCAAGCUUCCCAGGAAGAGAAGACCUGUGACGGUGGAUACAUCUAAAGCCAAAACCUCCCUGGAAGCCCUGAAGAUUAGCAUCAAGGAGCUGAAGUGGAAAGAGUUUCCUUUGGGGAGACGUGCAGCCUGCGAUAUCUACUGGCACGGUGUUUCCUUCCAUGACAACGAAAACAUUGUGUCAGGACAAGUCAACAAGUUUCCAGGAAUGGUAGAAAUGCUGAGGAAGAUCAACUUGAGUAGAGCGGUGCGUACUAUGCAAGAUCUCUUCCCAGAGGAAUACGACUUCUAUCCGCGUUCCUGGAUCCUGCCCGAGGAAUACCAGCAGUUUUCUGCACAGAUCCGCAUGGCGAAGGAGAGUGAUACCUCAGUAAGCCCAACUUUUAUUGUUAAGCCAGACGGGGGCUCUCAGGGGGACGGCAUCUACCUCAUCAGAGACCCCAGCGAUCUAAAGCUCAUGGUGGGUUCGCAGCCCAAACAGGCCGUAGUUCAGGAAUACAUCAAUAAACCACUGCUCAUCGACAAGCUGAAAUUCGACAUCCGCCUAUAUGUGCUGAUAAAAUCCCUGGAGCCUCUUGAGAUCUACAUCGCCAAAGAAGGCCUGACACGUUUCUGCACUGAACCUUACCAGGAGCCAUGUCAGAAGAACUUGACCCAUGUCUUCAUGCACCUGACCAACUACUCACUCAAUGUCCACAGCUGUAACUUUGUGCACUCCGACAGCCAGAGCACAGGCAGCAAGCGUACGCUUUCCAGCGUGCUCUACCGGCUGGCAGUUAAAGGCGUGGAUAUCAAGCGGGUCUGGUCGGACAUCAUCGCUCUCGUUAUCAAGUCCGUCAUCGCUGUGGUGCCUGAGCUUAAAGUCUACUACCAGGCUGAUAUUCCACCUGGGAAACCAGGACCCACAUGUUUCCAGAUACUAGGUUUUGACAUCCUUCUGAUGAAGAACCUGAAGCCGGUAUUAUUAGAGGUCAACUCCAACCCCAGCAUGCGAAUAGAACACGAGCAGGAAGUGGCGCCGGGAGUUUUCCAGUACGUUCCCAGUCCGGUGGACGAACAGGUGAAAGUGGGGGUGAUCAGGGACACGCUGCGCCUCAUGGAUCCCUGUAACAAGAAAUCAACGGCGUCUUCCCAACCAAAGGCAAGUGGGUCUGCUCAAGGGGAAGAGAUCCAAGUGGACGGGGAACAACAAGGGAGGUGUCCAGAUAAUUCUGGGAAUCUGCCUCCUCUGUGCUUGAAGCAAGUCUACCCCAAAUACACCAAACAGUUCAACCACCUGCGGUUGGUGGAGCGCAUUGCUGCUCUCUUCAUACGCUUCCUCGGGGUAAAGGGCAACAUGCGCCUUGGUCCCACUGCCUUCCGAACAUUCAUCAGGACUUGUAAACUAAGCAACAGCAACUUUACCAUGGCCUCAGUGGACAUCCUGUAUAUAGACAUAACCCGUCGAUGGUCAUGUGCCCUGCCUGAUUCCAGAGAAGCAGGGAUGGGACUGCAAGCAUUCCUGGAAGCUUUUUUCUACCUGGCAGCCCGAAGAUUCAAAUCCCUAAUGCUGAGGGAGCAGGUAGUGUCCCUGCUGGAGCUGUGCGAGGCUCACCUCGGGCCCCAGUCUGGCUCAGAAGACAGGCGCUCGUUGAGCUGCAGCAGGGUGAUGCCGCGAGUCAUCAAAACUCAGACGCUGUGUCUCUCCAACCCCCAGCUCAACUCUCCAGCCGCUCAGCGAAGAGCCAUGAGCCAGGACUGCCGACCGCAUCAAAGACUGAAGCCUCGCACGCUCAGGGCGAACGUGGAGAACUGAUGAGCGGGGAACUAGCUGUCCAAACCCUGCUGCAUUGCCUUGAACUCUCUCCACAGGAAGCAGGGGAGAUUAAGGGUCCAUUUCUCCUCUGCAGCUCCUGAGAAGGGCUAGCUUGACCCCUGCUGGCUGACUUGUCGUAGAACUGCUCUCUACCCGAUUGCUUUUUUUCUUUUUUUCCCCUCUAAGGAGGAAGAUGGCCUCAGGGGGGACUGAAAUGGUAAUGGAGGCUGGUGGAUUCCUUCCUCUCUUCCUGGUGGGAUCAUUCGUUAACAGUGGUCCUGUCGGGAGGAGGAUAUGGCUGCUUUUCAUGCACUGAUUGAUUCUAGAGGGCAGCUACUUGCUUCCCUUCUUUAAUCUGGCUAAAUCUCUGAAACCUUUUAUUCAGGGAUUAUCUUUGUCAGUUAAUUCAUACUAAUCACAAAUAAACAAGUCGGUGUAAGGGAGCAUCCUAAGUGUAUUAUACACCUGCAUCUCAACUAUUAACAAUAUCUUCAAACAGGACAUUUAUUUGUAUAUUUAGAUCUAUUGCACAUAACUUCCAGGAUGUCUGCUAACUAUGACACUAAUAGAUUGUAGUUAAUAAAAUCCCAAACCUCAGAUUAUCGGAAAAUGUCUUUUUCCUGUUGCAUAAAUUAAUCAGUGCUGCAAUCCACAAAUUUUUAUUCUAAAACGGCCUUACUUCACUUACUUCAUCUAGCUAAUAAUGUUGUUUGCAUCUCUGUUUUACUAAAUAUUUUCCUCUCGCUAAAUGUUGACAUUUCAACAGCCUUUAUUGUUCCUUUGUGGGAAAAUGGAGCAAAAAAAGUACAAAAUGACAAGAGGAAAUGGAACUUUCCAAAACCUGCAGGAAUACAGCCGAAAGUCUUCUCCACUCAUUUAUACAUCAAACCUUUUGCCAUACAAACCAAAAUCUCUAAGUUGAUGGUGCUUGUAGGUCUUUUGAAUUGUGCAGAAAAACUAAACAUACACUAUUUGACGAAAACUGUUACGUAUACAGAUUUUUUUUAUUGUUUGGAGAGAAAGGAUUAAUACAUCAUUAAUAUUUUCAGCUACAAGACUGUGAUUAUAUGUCACUUUCUUAAAAAAUGAAAAAAAAGAAACACCUGUUGAUGUGUUUGGCCGUAGUUACUAUGGCAUUAUAGAAAAAGCCAAAAUAUGUGAAUAAUUAAAGAUAAAUACAACUUUUACACUAAAUCGUUUUAACUUUAAUAUCUGAGAAGGUAAAAUCCAUUCACCCAUUAACCAUUCCUGGAUAAGACAAACUGCAAACAGCUCCUUGGUGUAGUUUUGACACAUUUUCUAUGUUUUUAAAUAGGUACUAUGUAAUAUUCAAAUUUUUUUAUGAAAAGUUCGAUUUUCUGUUUUCAUUAUCUGUAAGGAAUAAUAUUCAAAAUGAUUAGAAACAAACAGGUGAAUGAAUUCACUUUAUGUGCAAUGGAUCUUUAUGUAGUUUUGAAAGUUUGAAUUAAAUUACAAAAAGUAACUUUGAUAUUCUGAUUUCUUGAGAUGCAUCUGUAAGAAAUAAAUUUGCACAGCAGCUAUUUAAACUAAUAUAUUUGCACAGAAGCAGAUGAUGCGUCAUCUGUGUGUUUGCGUGCACAUGUGUGUGACCCUGGGUGUCUAUGUUCAGUACUGUAUUUAUUUGCGUUCGGCUCAGUGGUGGGGGGGAAAAAACCCAACUGACAGCAAGUGGCUCAGCUGUUAGUCCUCCAUGAGCCCAUUAGUGACGAGUUAAGUGAAUAAGCAUUCACUCAUCCUCUUUCAGUUCUGCAGCUAUUCCUGUCGACAGCUUCCCUGUCAGUCACUUUUAGUUUUUUAGGUUCAUUACCUUCGUGACAUAACUGAAAAAAAUUGGAUUAUUUUAGAAUAAACAAUGACUGCAUGGCUUAAAUACAAUCACCAUGUAUUGUUUCUUGAAAGGAGCUUUUGUAUAAUAAUAUUCCAUGUGUCGCUAUGCAGAAAAGCAUGAUGGAUGCCAAGUUUGACAGUCCCACUAAAAUAAAAUGUUUUUCUUUUUGCACUAGUGAUAAAAAUGGAUAUGUCACAAACGAAGAAUGAACUGUCUGCAGUGUAGGCAGCUGUAAAAACACAAAGUGGAUUAACCUAAAAAGGUUUUUGUUUUUUUCUUUUCGUGAUAAUCUCCAGCUUGCAUAUUUAUUGCAGUGUGGUUAUGAUAAUCUGAAGCAGAGGAACGAGGUCGUCUACCAUGUCGGAUGUGAACAAGAUGUGCUCAUAACACUAGCAGACAAAUAAAACAUGCUGUUUAAGCUCAA